AUGUACUGUUCAUGGUGGGCAUUGACAGUAGCAGCCUUGUGGAAUGUGGGGGAUAUGUGCACGGCAGUUAGUGGUCAGGACAUGUACCACUCUGUCGCAAGAUUAACAGAUGAACAAAAGCUCCUAGAACACAUAUUUACCUACAAUGAUUACGACCAUGACUCCAGACCAGUCUAUAAUUCAACACAUAAUGUGGAGGUCACAUUUGGAUUUACUCUUAUUCAAAUACUCGAUAUGGAAGAAAAGAAUCAGGUGUUGGUUACGAAUGCCUGGCUAACCCACGAAUGGUUCGAUGAAAGAAUUUAUUGGGACCCCGAUCUUUAUAACGGGAUAAAGAUCCUCCGGAUUCCAGCCAGCUUGCUGUGGCUCCCUGACAUAGUGCUCUAUAAUAAUGCGGAUGAUUAUACCACCGGAUACAUGCCGAGCAAUGCCAUGGUGGGGCAUGAUGGGACGGUUUUUUGGGGUCCGCCAGCGCGCCUGCGCAGUUCGUGUAAAGUAGACAUCACAUACUUCCCUUUUGAUAGUCAGACAUGUAGGAUGAAGUUCGGCUCGUGGACUUAUCAGAAGGGACAGGUAGAUAUCUUAAGUAAAGCGCCGGAAGUUGAUCUGAGUAAUUACGUCAGUAACGGAGAAUGGCAAUUGGGUAAGUACGACGUUGUGCGCUCGGAGCUAACGUAUCCGGGCACUAAAGGGGUGUAUACAGAUGUGACGGUGAUCCUGACCAUUCAUCGCAGAGUUCUGUAUUACGUGAUGAACAUCCUGUUGCCCUGUGUCUGGCUGAGCAUCUUGAACCUCCUCAACUUCUGCCUUCCACCCGACGAGUGUGAGAAGAUCACCCUUGGAAUCACUGUCUUCCUCUCCUACUCCGUCUUCAUGCUCCUCGUGGCAGACAGCAUGCCGCCCACAUCAGAGUUCCUCCCACUCAUUGGAAUCUACCUGACCUUAUCGCUAGCAGUCGCCUGUGCCUCGGUUAUUCUCACGGUACUGGUCCUCAAGACGUAUCACGUAUCUCCUAACCAGAAAGAGGUUCCCCGCUGGGUAAGGACCUUAAUCCUACAGGGUCUGGCCAGGAUCACCCGAUGCGAGAGACUACCCGUGAAGAAAUUAAAGCGACGAUUAUCGUCAAACCGAGACUGCAGAAUGCUGUUGACCAAAUGAUUUCCAAAGUGAGAGCUGAGAAAGCCUGCCCAACGGCAUUUAAUAUUGACCUUAACAAACUACUGAGCGCAGCACGCGAAACGAAAGAAUC